CACAGCUGCAUCAGACCCACAACCAUAUAUGGGAGUUUUCCAUAGCCUUCUUUAUCUGAUAACCUGUUAUGCUAAGUAAUAGUGUCAGGAAACAAAUUUUCUUAGAUCAAUGAGGAAAGAUGGAGAAUGCAAAAGUCAGAAAAGGAGAAACAGUCCGCGGCUUCUUGCUCUUAAUGUCAACAAGGAAACUCAGGAGAGGAAAAGGUUUGUUUCAGAUGAAACAGAUGAGAAGGAAGAAUCCAAAGGUGAAAAGCCCAGCCUACACUCCCUGGCUAGGGUGAGGGGCAAGAGAAAGUUCCCCUAUUUGGCUGCCAAACAGGUUUCCGAGGGUAGAAGCAAAGUGGAGAAGCAUGAAAACUCAUCAACAAACAGUGGUGUACAGACAAAAUUGCCAGAAAAGUGCCUACUCGAGCUAAUCCUAGACAUAUUACAAAGGAGAGAUGCAUAUGAAAUAUUUGCUGAACCAGUGGAUCCUGAUGAGGUUGAGAAUUACAAUGAUAUCAUUAAAGAGCCUAUGGAUUUCGGCACCAUGAGGGCUAAACUUCAUGAAGGGUUGUAUGAGAAUCUUGAACAGUUUGAGCAUGAUGCAUUCUUGAUCCCAGAAAAUGCUAUGCACUUCAACUCCUCUAGCACCAUUUAUUUCAGACAGGCUAGGUGCAUAAACGACCUUGCCAAGAAAGUAUUCCAUGUCCUAAGAACUAAUCCUCAAAACCUUGAGAUGGAAUUCGCGGGGUCAAGACGAAGAUCCAUGAGGAAAAUGAAAAAUGAAACCAAAGAGCCAGAGCCAAGCCCCCAGAAAGAUGUCAAGGCUAACAAUGCUUCAAACAACACCCUCUUCAGUUUUGGUGAACCAUCAACACUCACAGGGAUCAAUAAAGGGAGCCAACGGUUUGCUCAAACUAAUAACAAAGGUAGCAACAAUGAAGAUAGUCGACGAUCCACAUACAUAACUUGGAAGUCCUUCAUUGGAAAUGACUGCCCCAAAACAACAAUUCUUUCAAACGAGCUGAACAUGAACUACAAAGAGAGCUUGAUGAGGUUUGUUGAAGAUUUAGGGCCCACAGCAAAGAGGAUUGCUGCCAUGAGACUACAAGCUCUUCAUCUGUAUACCCCCACAUUCCGAUCCCCGUCUUACCAAGUCCCCACAUCUUAUGCCACAUUUAGAAUGACAUCCUUUUUGGACAUGAAUUCAGCAGCCGCAACAUCCAAUCCUCAAAUAGGCCUACACGUCUUCACCAAAGAGACAAAGGAUACCACGAAGGAUACAUCGCGUGCAGAUAUAGACUCCAACCAAUUGAAAGAUUCAAACAAUCCGGUGGGAUCGAUGUUGCAGUACAAAAGAAACAGAAAAGCAUCUGAAGCAGCAAAUAAGUGUGGUAGUAGUAAUUUGAGUGGAAAGCAAGUGGACUCCCCUUCUCCCAUUGUUAAUCCUUCUGCAGAUUUGAACUCUUCACCAUUGGAGAAGUUAAGCGGAAGCAGCAAAAGUUCAGUUGAUGAACAGCUCCAAAAGGCAGGAGGGAGUUCAGUGAUAGUUGACACAAGAAAGCCAAACGAUCGUAAUACACGCCCGAUCGUAUUGGCUCUUGAGCAGUCAUACAGCCCUAAAACGCCAACCGAGCUUAAGAUGAGAAAUAAGGGAAAUAAAGCAAAACAACGAAACAAGCAACCUAUGCUCCCAACACCUUCAGACAAGGCUGAUGGGUUGAUUUCUGAAGCCUACAUGACGGCCCCAGUGGCUUUGCCACCAAAACCAUUAUUGGGAUCAAGGUUCACAUUUGAUCUCGCGUUCUUGAGAGCGCGGCUAAACCAUAUGAAUUCAGUAGCAGACAAAGAUUUUGGGCAGCAGUCAUCAUAUGAUCCAAGCAGCAGAGUCACUGUAGGAGAUAUUGAGCAUCGGUCACUCUAUGAUCAGAGCAGCGGAAUUAAUCUAGGGGGUUUUGGGCAGCGGUCAUUUUAUGAACAUAGCAGCAGACAUGGUAGUCUCACUAGCUUACUGAAUAGCAAAGAUGAACAUCAGCAAGAAACAUCAGUCGGGAGCCCAAGUCAUUUACUCAGUGGACCGAGGUCUUGCGGCGAGCAAGGCCACUAUCGUAGUCUAUGCCGGACAGCCCAUUAGCAAGCAUAUUCUACCUUGGGUUGAGCUGUAGCAGCGAGGCUGGGUAUAGUCUCGAGUACUCUUGAUUCCGCACUGAUGCUAUUGGACAAGGCUAAGAGACCUGAUGCGGCUUGAUUCGAUUACCGCUUCUACGUAGCGUAUUUAAAACUAAUGUAAGUGGUGCAGACUCACUGGUGUUGGUGCUAAUAUAUUUUACAUAGUAUUUAUUGUAAGACCUUAUUUUAAUAGGUUGUUGUGUAUAAAGUUUAGAAACUUGUACUCUUGUAGCAAACAAUAUACUCCGUGUGUUUUAUUUCAAGGUUUAUAUGUAUAUAUAGGGGGCAGAUCAUGUACAAAUUGUACUUAUCGUGCAAACGUUUGUACGAUGUGACUUUACGUUAUUUGUAUUGCAUAUUGAGGUUCAA